AUGGCGCCCAAAGCAACUUCCUUGGUGUUCAUCCUGGCCCUGGCCGUCACGCUAUCCACAAUCGCCGAGUGCCGGAACCUGAAGCCGGCUGAACAGACGCCGGAGGAGUGCUAUGCUGCCAUUUUCAAGUUCCCUUCGUGCUUGUUCGAAAUCAUCGGAGCAGCCCAAGGCGGCGCCGGCGGGUCGGUGCAGAUCUCGGCUCCCUGCUGCAGUGCCUUCACUUCUCUCACUCAGGACUGCCAGUUUCAGUUCAGCGGCAACCUCCUGCCGGUGAUUCAGAAGUCCUGUGGCGCUGCCGUCGGUGGGCCGACAGGCGGAGUGCCGCCGAGCCCGCCGGCGCCUCCGACUGAGCUGGGUCCUGCUGUUGCCCCGGUUUGA